GACAUUAUAUUUAAUUGAGCUACCCUAUUUCCUUAUAUUUUAUAUUAUUCAAAUUUUAAUACAAAGUAUUUGGUCUAUUAUAAAAUUGCUCCUUUAUUCUUCCUAUCUAUACAAACAUAAUACUGUGUCAAUACUGUUUCUUCAUGACAGCUCAAGGUAGAUGAAAUAUCUUCCCUCAAGUAUUCUGUAUGCACCAAAAUUUGUUAUGUUUACAUGACUUUUAUUUAAGCUUUCAUGUUUAUCUUUUGUCGAUGAUUUCUUGGGGCAAUCUCUUCAAUCCUUUUUUUCCUUGAUACAGGACAAAGUUCAAUUGCCAAGACUGACGUUAGCAAUGGUUGUUUUGUUCAUGAUCACAGUUUUCAUGGUCGAGAAUUAAAGAGGACGGUUAGUGCCAGUACCAGAUUGUACAGAAAGUGAUAUUAAGCUCGGGUUUGAUCCAUCUUUGUCUCUGUUAAAAAACUUGCAGCAAAUAUUCCUCAUUUGUUGGCUUCUUUUGGCAAAGCUAACAAGAGUGGCACCUGGAUCGAUCUGGAUUUGAAAAAAGUUUCAUCCAUGGAUGGCCUGGAAUGGGAUGGCUCAGAAGUUGUAGCAAACUCAUUGCCUGUAUGGAACGGUCGGAGAAAUGAUAUAGAAGACAGUUUCUUGGUUUCCAACUCAAAUUCUUCCGUGUACGGUGGCAAGAUGGAUCUGCUGGAAGAUAUCUUCAGUCCAAUUCAUGAACUCCAAAAAACACAGCCAUCUUGUGUGAAUCCAGAUUCAGAUAUAGUAAGUGAAAUGGUUCCACAUCCAGCUUCUGAACUAGAUUCAGUGAACGUCGCCUUAAACUUGUAUAUGUUGCAGUGUCAAGGAGUAAGGUUAGCUACAGAUACAAACCUCCUAAAAUCUGCCUAUUGGGGAGAUGCUUUAACACAAGAGUUGUGCACUCCUCCUCCGUUGAAUAGAGCUUAUGGUUUGUGCACAUUAAAUGCUUCAAUUCCUGAUAUUGGCAUGGAAGUUCACUCACAGGUCAUCAAAGGUUUACGAAAUGGAAAGGCUGGUUCCACAACAACAGGCGCUCUUGAGUCCCUUGAUUGCUUGCUUUCAGCUGCUAAUAGCAACACUGAUACAUCAGUUGAAGAUGAUGGGAUUUCCAUGAUUUUCUCUGAUUGUAAAAACUUAUGGAAUUUUGCUGCUAGCAGUGCAGUUUCAUCAGGAGAGUCCGAAAACAACGGCUUAAAUAUGGGAAGCAAAGAUUUCAACUGUCCAGUAAAUGAGCUUGAUGAAACAGUGUCCCAGAGUUCUUCGGAUCAUCCAUACAUCAAUAACUGCAAAUUAUCACAAACUAAGCCUAGUUCUUCAAAGAGUGGGAAUGAUCAAAGUGAGUUUAAAGUUGGUCUGAAUUGUUGUUACUUGAAUCUUCUUCAAACGGACUCUUCUGCAAUAGAACGUGGUUUUAGGCUCAUUCCUGAGAACCCACCGAAAGCAAAGAAAGCCAGAUCAGAAAAGCGAACUACCUCAUCGAACAUCAAUUUUCAACAGCCGAGUUCAUCAGUAUCUUCUUCCAUAGAGGAACCUGAUCCAGAGGCCAUUGCACAAAUGAAAGAGAUGAUUUAUCGAGCUGCAGCCUUCAGGCCUGUGAACUUAGGCUUGGAAGUGGUGGAGAAACCAAAGAGGAAGAACGUGAGAAUAUCAACUGAUCCACAAACUGUGGCUGCCAGGCAAAGGAGAGAGAGGAUAAGUGAGAGAAUUAGGGUUUUGCAGAGGCUGGUUCCUGGUGGGAGCAAGAUGGAUACAGCAUCAAUGCUUGAUGAGGCUGCAAAUUACCUAAAGUUCCUCAGGUCCCAAGUCAAGGCACUAGAAAACCUAGGCCACAAGCUUGACCCUAUGAAUUGUCCUCCUACCAACCUUGCUUUCUCUUCUUUACCAGUCAACCACUCUCUCCCCAUGCAAAAACAUAAUUUUCCACUCCUAGACCCCAAUCAUAUCCACCACCCACAGAGUUGAAGAAACUAUUUCUAAACCUACAAAAGAAUUCCUAACCACAUACUUCCUCAGUGAUACUCAUCGUCAUUUCAUAAUUCAUCUUUAAUGAUUAACAUGAAAAAAAAAAAAUUCCCGGCCUCAGAACAAGUACUACUAUAUUAGAAAACUAUUCCCAAAUCCCUUGACCAUCAAUUUCAUCAUUACACGUCUUCUGUAAUUUAGAGUUAAAAGCUCUUGGUAAUGAUAGAUUUCCUGAUUAUCACCAUUAUUGUAUCCACCACCCAAGAGCAUAAAGGGAGAGUUUUUGAUCAGUUCUGUAUAUUUCCGCCAUUCUUUUUGUUGAUUCCACUCUCAAAAUUAAGAUAAUUGGAGUGGAAAAGCAAAGAGAAGGGUGUAAAUAGCUUUGUUCUGGACAACCCGUUUCAUAUGAAAAGGCUUAGCAAUUAUAGCACCGAUGAUUAAGACCAAGAGGCUAGAAAGUGAUUAUGAUCACUUUACUCUUGUUUAAUAUAA